AUGAGCAAGCAUGCCAACUGUAGACGCCACAAGAUGGGUGGUCAGGAUGCAGAAGGGCUGAAGAACUUCUGGGAAAAAGUCAUCCAAGAGCAAACUAAGCAACGAGAAGUUGAAGAGUCUAGGUUAAGCAAAAGUGCCCUGAACAAACUCCGCCAGGAAUGGACUCUGCAGUUGGAAGGUCGAGCAAGGCAGGUCCAGGCACCCACGAAAACACUGAAAGAACAGAUGACGCCACUGUCCAUUGAGGCUCUUCCCUUACCAGAUAAAACUGCUGCUUAA